GCGGCACUCAGUACAGUUACUGACGUUCCGUGCUGUGAACGAUCGGCCGUUGAUCGUCGCCGUCCUCGUCGUCACCGUCAUCGGCUUUAACAUCUUAGUCGAGUACAAUCGAGUUUUACUAUGCGCCGCUCUUGAUACACAUAUGCGGUCUGUGAAGCCUAUCGAGUGAGCCACGGUGACUUCGUAUGCACGUAUGGAUGAAACCAUCACGAUGACCGUACCUCCGCCACUACCAGCGAAGACACAGGCCCGGGAUGCGAGCCAGGCCACUCGGCAGACUGUGUCAAUCCGGACCGUUUCCCCUUCCGUCUCGCCGCCUCUCGCCAACGGGCCCGGAGCAACGGUAUUUGUCGGAGUUAGCGCUCCUACCGCCGAUACCGUGACAACUUGCAGGAGAAGAAUCCCGGAAGUGCAAUCGGCGAACGGCGGCUGUGAGGAGCGGAGCAACGUCGACUCGCGGCAGCAACGGUGGCAGCAUCAGCAUCAACAGGCCGCGCACAUAGUAAAGAUCAAAAUCAAUCCGGAUGGCGACAAGAACGGUAGAGUAAUAUCGACCGUACGGUUGACCCUGGACGAGAACGACCGGAAUCGCGAGAUCGAGAACAGUAUCGCGCGCGAGCGCUCGGUCAAACGUGGCGACGGUGCGGUGGUGGUGAGUGCGACAAACUUGGUGAACGAGCAACACUGUGCAAGUGCCGGUGUCGGUGAGGGCUGUGUGAAAAUCAGUGUCUUCAGCGGCGAUCCGGCGACUGGUCCCGACAAUCGGGAGCGCAACAACAACAACAACAACAACAACAACAACAACAACAACAACAACAGCGACGACAGCGAUAAGCGUAGUCAGGAUAACGAUAGGAGCGACAAUAGAGACAUGGUGCACCGCGGAACCACGGAAACGCUGAACUCAUCUACACUCGGCAGCCGUUCGAGCGCCUGUUUUUACUACAAUUCUUACCAGAGUCCGUUAAGCGGCAUGACGGUGAUGACGAGCGGACAGUGUUCGCCUAGCGACACUUUGGACAGCGGCACCUGUAGCGACCUUGACGGCACACCGCCGCCGUUGCCGAAGAAGAAGAACGCCAGCACGGUGAUACUGUCCAGCAGCACGCACAACCGGACCGGUAGCUUGACCAGCAGCGGGGCCGAGGUCGACAGCGACGACAAUGAGAGCAACAUCAGCUGCGACUCCUUGAACGGCGCCGAGAUGAACGGCGACGCGAGCGAAUACCGAGUGCACGAGGCACCGAAGAACGUUGAGGAAACGAUAGCCGUUGUUGAGAAAUUCGAUCGAAUUGCAUUGGCGAACAGCAUUGACGAAACAAUCGCGGAAUCGAACGGCGUUCAUCAACAGGUCUCGGCGAUAACGGAACUCGGCUGCGCGUCGUGCUCGCCGGUGUCGUCGGCCAGCGUCUCGCCAUCACCAUCCGGAACGUCGUCCCUGUCGAAGGCCUCCUCGACACCGCGGGUAAGGAGCCCGGACCCCGCGAUCGAACAGAACGGUAAAUCGGCAUCGUCACCCGUAGUUAAGGAGUACACGUAUGAGGAACGGAAGCAACGGGAACAGGAAAGGAUAGAGCAGGAGUGCGCCGAUACCACUCAGAAUCGAUCGACCGGUCACAAAUAUCUGUACGAGGACGACAGGUACUACAAUUUCCAUGUGAACGAGUUGCGCCGUAACAAUAAGAACUCAAACGGCGAACACGGUGUGACCGAGAACGAUGAGUGUUUCGCCGGUUACAAAAUUCAUGAUAAGGAAGCCAUACGAAGUGCCAAAGGGACCGUGCGCGGUGUGAAGAACAGAGUACGAGCGGGCAUCGCAACGUUCCUGCAGUCGCCUACCUCCAAGGCUUUUGUGGAAAGAGAAAAAGGUAAGGUGGUUCUUUACACGACAUCGUUGGGCAUCGUAAGAGAGACCUUUACCAAUUGUAUGAAGAUGAAGCAAAUGUUAUGGACGAACAUGGUUAAAUACGACGAGGCAGAUUUAUUCCGCGACACGGAAUUACAAACCGAACUCAAGGAUCGAACGAACUCGGAAGUUGUAACAUUGCCACAGCUCUUCGUCGAUGGUCAAUAUAUUGGGGGUGUCGACACCGUCGAACGACUUAACGAGUCAGGAGAAUUACGUCGCAUACUGGAACCUUACCAGUGUAAAGAUGCAUGCGCUGUUUGUCCAUAUUGCGGUGGAUUCCAGCGGUUGCUGUGUCCCAUCUGUCACGGCAGCAAGAGAUCCAUACAUCGCAACGAGUUCACCGUGGAAUUCGUCGCCUUAAAGUGCGCCAAGUGUGACGUUUUCGGUAUGAUACGUUGCCCGCAUUGCUGAAGGAAUUCCACGAGGGAAUCCACGUACACCUGCUCAAAUCAUUUGUUUUAAUCUAACGACCAUCUACUAACUUACAUCUUUAUUUAAGGUGCUACGAGAGUAUAUAUUUUAUGCUAUGCCUUAAGCAUAAGACAUACAUGAAACGCAUACAGACACUAACUAAUCGCGUAGCUGCGCUGUCGCAUGUUGUAAGAUAUCGGUUAAUAAAACUUUGUGUAAAGUUUUGUACAAAA